AUGAAACUAACAAUAUUUUAUUUUGAACUCCUUGUUGAUCCCGUUGAGUCGCCCCGAAUGGCUGACAGAAAUGGAAACGUGACCAACCGCAGCUCUGUCAGAGCGUGCAUGUCGGCUGGCAGCAACAGUCUUGUAGUAUCAAUCGACCCAAAUGCUCCCGGCUUCGAGCCUUGGGUCCCUAAUCGUCGUAGUCUAUCAAGACUGACUUACCUUUGCUUGGCCGUCGAGCAUCGGCAAGCCGUCGUGAUUCCUCGCGACUGUUUGGCAGUGCGGAAGCUCGCCGGUGCAUCAGAAUCAAUCAAGAUUUGCAUGAAACCUGUGUAG